AUGCCCGCCAGCAUGUUCAGCAUCGACAACAUCCUGGCCGCCCGGCCGCGCUGCAAGGACUCGGUGCUGCCGGUGGCGCCCAGCGCCGCGGCUCCCGUCGUCUUCCCGGCCCUGCACGGGGACUCGCUUUACGGCGCCGGCGGCGGCGCCUCCUCGGACUAUGGCGCCUUCUAUCCGCGCCCCGUGGCCCCCGGCGGCGCAGGCCUCCCGGCUGCGGUCGGAGGCUCCCGCCUGGGCUACAACAACUACUUCUACGGGCAGCUGCACGUGCAGGCGGCACCCGUGGGCCCGGCCUGCUGCGGGGCCGUGCCGCCGCUGGGUGCCCAGCAGUGCUCCUGCGUCCCGACGCCCCCAGGCUACGAGGGCCCCGGCUCGGUGCUGGUGUCCCCUGUGCCGCACCAGAUGCUGCCCUACAUGAACGUGGGCACCCUGUCGCGCACCGAGCUGCAGCUGCUCAACCAGCUGCAUUGCCGGCGGAAGCGGCGGCACCGCACCAUCUUCACCGACGAGCAGCUCGAAGCUCUGGAGAACCUCUUCCAGGAGACCAAGUACCCAGACGUGGGUACCCGCGAGCAGUUGGCCCGGAAGGUGCACCUCCGCGAGGAGAAAGUGGAGGUCUGGUUUAAAAACCGCCGCGCCAAAUGGAGGCGGCAGAAGCGGUCCUCGUCGGAGGAGUCGGAAAACGCCGAGAAGUGGAACAAGACGUCGUCGAAGGCGUCGCCUGAGAAGAGGGAAGAGGAAGGUAAAAGCGAUUUGGACUCGGACAGCUGA